AUGGCUGGGCACCCUAAGCAAAGGCGGGACUUCACGCAGGGAGAAAAGCAGCUGCUCACAUCUUCCUUAAGCGAUCCUCAAGUGCAAGCCAUACUCAGCGAGGGUCGGCGGGAGAAGACCAAGAAACACAACAAGGGGUACAAGGAUGGGACGCUGAAGGACGCAGCCGCGUGUCUGCAGAGACUCGUUGAAGAGCAGGCAGGAGUCGAGCAGGGGGAGGACGAAACGGUAGAGGAGUAUCAUCAGCGUAUCUGGGCUUGCGCUGAGGCAGAGAAUUGCGUGUGGCUCCCGGCGGAAGCUGACGAGGACCGCGAGGCGUACUUGGACCGUUUCCGAACGACAGGUAGGGUAAGUACCCUCUUUGUUGCUCAGUAA